GCUUUGUGAGGCAGAGAUCAAGAUUCCUUUGCUACGUGGGGAAAACCCAGAAUUUUCAGGGAACUUUCUCAUUGAAGUGAAGCAGACCAAAGAGAUACGACACAGUUUCCCUACCAAAAAACUCGAAAGAAGGAAGGGAGGGUUUUAACUCGUGUUCUAUCCUCGGGUCAGAACGGGAAGCAGCAGCUCACAUUUUUCCUUGUGAUGAAGAGAGAAGUUAAAACAUGACUGCUCGUACCUUCCAAAACCUCUUUCUGAUGUCUGUCCCUUUAAGUGCCCAUCCGUUCUCAAGUGCCUGCCACCGCCAUCCCUUCUGCCAUGUGGUUAGAGACACGCUGGAAGAACAUCCGCCAAACCUUGCUGCUCCUGUUCACCGCUGCUCUCCUCAUCGGAGUCACCAUGCUGGCCAUCUCCUCUAACAUCAACCCAGUAGGCUACUUCUUCCUCGGGGUAGGGGGAGUGUGCCUGGUCGGCUAUUUGCUGAGUGUGUUUGUCGAGUGUUACCUGAGGAAUCAACACCGGCAUGACGCAAAUGAAACACCUCCAAACAGGCAAAGCCAAGCAGGGGUGAAUGCUGCCUACGAAGCGCCCACCUAUGAGGAGGUGAUGACCAUGUCAGCUCCAGCAAUAUGGACAAUUACAUCCAACCCAGGCUCCGUGCCCUCGCCGCUGAGCGAGCCUCCCCCGUACAACGUCGUUAUUGAAUCCUCUGCCCAACAAGAGAUGAUGGUGGAGGCUCUCCAGGGCCCAGUGCCAGCAGACACAACACACACCUCUGAGACAGACACGGGCUCCAGGACGCACCUGCAGCUGGUGCUGCCCCCAAGACUGCAGCGGUUUGUUUCGGACAUCCAUGAGGAGAAAGAUGUUGAAGAAAGGUUUGAACCACUGGAGCCACUCACUCCACCACCUGCUUACGAGACUGCCAUCAGUGAUGAGGUCUUUGAAGAUGCUCACCAGCCCUCUGGGUUAGGACUGAUCUCACCUUCCAUGAAUACAGAACCAAACCCUCACCCCAAUACAGGGUGCUCCUAGAGGGAUGGUAAAACAGCCGAUAAUGUUUUGCCGAAAUGUUUGUCUCACCAUUCUUUGAACCAGAAUUGAACUACAGACACAGCUUCUGAUGUUACUAGAAUCUUAUUGCACAAAACAGAAAUCAAUGCAAUACCACACUGCUUUGUCUUGGUAUAUACAUAAAACCACUAUGAGGAAAGCUGUGUUAUGUAUGGCAACAUUCUCAAACUGGAGAUACACCUUUAUGGAAGAGGAGAAGUAAACCCUGAGAGGAGACAAGAGAACUUGCCAAAAGAAGGACUGAAGGAAUGUAGGAUGCAGCCAGAAGAAUCUGCCUGGGAAAGGGGAGGAAUAGAAACAACACUAAGCACAUUUUGCCUGUGCAUUGCAAACAGGAAUAUUGCUGAGUGCUGUCGGGUUAUCUGCCACCCUGAAGUCCCUACAGAAAGAACAAGCAUGCGCUCCCCACGUUACUGUUUUGCAGCAACACAAAUUUUUGGUCUGUUUUUUACUGUCCCUUCGCCACACCUGCUCCACAUCCUCAGCUGUGCUACAUAGGAAUGUGACUGAGGGGAGAGUGUCUGGCUGCAUGUGGAAGGUGGUACCACCUGACACCUGUCACAUAGGGUUGAAAAGCUGAUAGUAUGCAUCAAAUGACUUCUGUUGUUCACAAACUUCACAUCCCACACAGCCAGUGGUGGACAAGAGGGAGAUAAGAUUUCCCCCUGCAAGAGAGGGCAGUGAUGGGAUACAUGCACAUGUAAGCAGCCUCUGCUUGGACUUAGAGGCUCUACAACAGGGUGUAUGUCUGCUGUAUUACAGAUGGACUCUAACAGAUGGCCUGAGCCAUUUUAUUGUCCUUUAUUAUGCACAGAAAGGCCAAAGCUCCUCCAGUUCUCUGUGGGCUCUGGAAAGGUUCAGUCUGCCUGCCAAGGCAGCGGAGCACCUGAGGACAAAAGUGCCAAGACACAUUUGGCCUUCAUCGUGAUGGUUCUAGGCUAUAGGCCUAGGUUCUAGCUCUCACUGAUCAGUGAUGCUGUGCCUUUUUAAAUGGGUGAGCUAAACUGAUCGGCUCUGCAGAGUCAAAGUGGUCUGCAGUCUGCAAAGAGAUGCAUUUGCGUCUGGUGAAUUUCCAAAUUAAAAAAUAAAAAUGGUGGUCUGAUUCUCCUGUGAAGGAGAGCAGCAGUCACAGCCUUGCUCAUGACUGCAUCUUUAAUUCAUAUGAGGAACCAUCAAACCAUAGGCUAGAAGCAAAUAAAUUAUUUCUUAUUGUUUGAUUCUUUAUAGUCCAAAGGAAAAAAAAAAAGACCUUUUAUGUUGUUUAUAAAUAAACAGGACUGCAUUUAAGAUUCCUGGUAACAUCAUUAAUUUUUCCUCCCAAAAGAAACACUCCACAAAGCCAUGCUUUUGCUUGCAUUCUGCUUGUUUGAUAAUCUUGGCUUAGAAAAAAGAGAGGAGUUCCAUUUCUGAAUCGACAGCUGAAACACUUUAUUAUCAUUAUUGAUGAAACAAUUAUGAUACCUCUAUCAUGGAAGUAUUAGGAGAGACAAAUUUGCUGAUCAAGGUAAUGUGGUUUCUUUAAUGUCAAUCACUACUUGCAUUUCCCUCCUGUGUUAACAGAAAAAAACCUCACCAAAGGGUGUCACAGGUAUGUGACACAGGCAUAGAAACUUUGCGUCUUAAACUGGGCAACUCAGGACCUUCCUGAGUGCACCAAAUUGCCAGGAGUCAGGAAGAAAUUCAGGUGACCAGAACAGACUAAAAACUAGCCAAACCAAAGACCAAAAAUGUCACCAGUUACAAUCAGUACAGUUUUGUCUUCGACAUUUGUAAAGUUGUCAGGCCUUUGUACUUGUGUUAAUCUUUAGCAGAUAAAAAUUCCUGUGUGCCAGGACAUCUAUGAGCUAAAGAAUAAUGUGCAGAAGCCAUCUGAAGCUUUAAGUAACUUUUUUUUUGUAAGUUGUAUGAGGAGCAGCUGUGGGAGCUGGGAUAGUUUAGCCUGGAGAAGGCUCAGG